AUGACUACAACUACCAGCCAAUUGGGAGGAGAUGAUAUGAUGCAGUGUUUGGAUAAUGAGAGAGAUGCUCUCCUUCUUUUCAAAGCUCCCCUUCAAGACCCCAAUGGUCAUCUCUCUACAUGGAGAGUUGACCAACAUGACUGCUGUAAAUGGAGUGGAGUCGCAUGGCUUCAUAUUGACUCCUAUGGUCUUGUAGGUGAGAUAAGCCAAUCGUUGCUUAACUUAACCUACUUGAAUCAUCUUGAUCUUUCCAGAAAUUCUUUUCAUGGAACCAUUCCCACCUUCAUUGGUUCCUUGAGAGAAUUAAUCUUUCUUGACCUUUCCUAUAACUCUCUUUAUGGAACCAUUCCUCCAGAGUUUGGAAACCUCACCAACUUGCAACGCCUUUAUCUUGGAUCCAAGGGAGAAUUCAGAGUUGAAAAUCUAGAGUGGUUGUUUCAACUCAAUCAUUUGGAGGAACUUGAUAUGGAUGGGAUUUCCCUAGCCAAACAAAAUCAUUGGGUAGAUGUAAUUCUUAGUCUCAAGAAACUCUCAUCUAUAAGUUUAGAUGGAUGUGAGCUCUCACAUGUUGUGUAUCCAUAUUCUUCUUCAAUUCUUAACUCUUCUUCAUCUAUUGAAUCCCUUUUUCUUGGAAACAACAAUCUCACCUCAUCCAUGUAUCGUUGGUUACUCCCGUUAACAGGAAAUAAGCUUCGUUUUCUUGAUCUCUCUAGCAACAUGUUAGAUGUGAUGCCCAAAAAUCUUGGUAUUAAUCUUUGUAGUUUGGAAAUUUUGAGUCUCGACAACAACUCUUUAGUGGUUGAAUUUCCUGAUUUUCUCAACAACUUGUCUGGAUGCGUAUCACUUUCAUUAAAAAUGUUGUAUGCUCUAAGAAACCAAUUUUCAGGGUCAUUGUCCAGCGAGAUCCAAAAGUUUUCAUCCAUAACAUAUUUGGACCUAUCUAAUAAUCAUUUAAAUGGAAGUAUAAGUGAGAAACUGUGGGAACUACCUAGGCUUGAAACUCUUGACUUGUCUUUUAAUAAUCUUAGAGUUCCUUCCACAUAUCACUUGUCAAACCUUUCUUAUGUAAAGUAUAUUGAUCUGAGCUCUUGUAAGCUGCUAGGGCCUCACUUCCCCAUGUGGAUUCAGACACUAAAAAAUCUUACAUUUCUUGAUCUUUCCAAUACUGGAAUUUCAGACAUAGUUCCUAUGGAGUUUUGGGACAUAGGGCCUUCUCAAUUACAACAUCUGAAUCUCUCUUCCAACAAUAUUAGCGGGAAAGUACCAGAUUUAUCAUCAAAUUUUGCCCAGAGUUCAGUGAUUGAUUUGAGUUCCAACAGAUUCUAUGGUCCAAUACCAAAUGUUCCUUCCGCUUUAUCAACAUUAAACCUUUCCAGAAACAAAUUCUCUGGAGGGAUCGCCUUUAUAUGCCAAAUUGUUGAUGGGUUGUUAGAAUUUCUUGACCUCUCUCAUAACUCAUUAACCGGGCAACUCCCAGAUUGUUUGUGGCUUUUCAAAGAACUACAAGUUCUUAAUCUCGGACACAACCAUCUCUUUGGAAGGCUUCCUCCCUCUAUUGGAAAUUUGAUACAACUCAAGAUGUUGUAUUUAUACAAGAACAACUUCUCUGGAGAAUUGCCUUUUUCUUUAAAAAACUGCAUGAGUUUAAAGUCAUUGAAUUUAGGGGCCAAUAAGUUUUUUGGUAAUGUGCCUGUCUGGAUUGGGGAAAGAUUCUCAGAGUUGUAUGUUCUUAUCUUAAAAUCAAACAAAAUCUCUGGAACAAUCCCUUUAGAGUUAUGUCAGUUAGAUAAUCUUCAAAUUCUAGACAUGUCAAGCAACAAUCUCCAUGGAACUAUUCCCUCAUGUUUGAGUAAUCUUACAGGCAUGGUUCAACAAGGGUUUUCACAAGAUGUACAACUUUAUACAAGAUAUGAACAAGAGACAUAUGUUGACCAUGCAAUGAUUCAGUGGCAAGGAAAUGAACAUGAAUUCAUUAGCACUCUUAAACAGUUGAAGAACAUUGACUUGUCAAGCAACAAUCUAACAGGUCGAAUCCCAAAUGAAAUUACCAAUCUUUAUGACUUGAUUGUCUUGAACUUGUCAAAGAACGUUCUAUUUGGAGAGAUUCCACAGAAAAUUGGUGAGAUGAAAAAUCUUUUGACUUUGGAUUUAUCUAGAAACAGUUUUUCUGGGAGGAUACCAUCAAGCAUGUCUGAGAUGAGUUUACUGAAUGACCUAGACGUGUCAUUUAAUAACUUGUCAGGGAGAAUCCCAAUUAGCACUCAAUUCCAUACCUUUCCACCUUCAAGAUUUAAUGGAAACACGUGUCUAUGUGGACCUCCUCUUACCGAAAAAUGUUAUGGAGACAAAGAACCAGAAGCACCACGUCUUAUUGGUAAAAGUGAGGGUGAUGGGGAAGACACAGAUGAUGAACUCAUGGGAUGGUUUUAUAUUGGUGGGGGGACUGGUUUUGCUACUGGAUUUUGGAUAGCGUGUUCGGUUUUGCUUUUAAAUCAACGAGGGAGACAUGCUUUUUUUCGGUUUUAUGAUAAUGUAAAAGAUUGGGUUUAUGUAAAGGUGGUGGUGUUCAUUCAGAAUUUGCAAAAGUAG